AUGAUAAUAGGAAAUGAUAUUAUAUGUGAUAAAGUAGAUAAUACCGUGCAGUUUCGUGUCUCAUCAUCACAUUCAUCUGAUAAAAAUUCAAGUGCUGGCAGACUGCAAAAUGUGGAUUCUGAGAUUAACUCUAUAAAAAGUAGAGGAGAUCAAGAGGAUCAAUUGAGGAAGGAAGAAGAGACGGAGAAAAGAGGAAAGGAAAAGGUGGAAGAAAAAGAAGGUGUUAUUCGAUCAGUGCCAAUUCGGCUAGUUCGUCAACCAUCCGAAGAAGGCUUUCAUCAGGUUGUCAAAUUUACAAAACGUAUAACGCGAAGAGGAGAAACAGAACUUCCGGAACCGAAAUCGUCAUUUACUCAUACUGAAUUUAAUGAACACGGAAAAUGCUCAUCAGAAAAAGUUGUUUGUGCUGUAUCGAUUAGCAAAGAUUUGACAAAUGAAGAAUUAGAUGGUUUAAGUGCCGAUAUUCAAUCUCAACCUAAUUGUUAUCAACCAACUGAUAAAACCCCUCCCAGCGGAUGUGCUAAUAAUGAAUCCAUAGAUUUGAAGCUUUUAAAUGGUGAAUCAAUUUGUGCUAAAUCGAAAGAAAUUCAUGAAACGAUUGAAGUAGAAAGUGAUAACUUAUCGCAAUCGAUACAGACCGAAAAGGAUCAGCAAAAGUGUAACGAAACAGAAAUUUGUCUUCAGAUGGAUGAUGAAGCAGAAAUGAAUGAUGAAGAGUUGGGAUAUGGAAAGAUGAAUUCUAAUAUUAUCUGA